CGGGGGCGCCCUGACGCCACAAAUUGGUAGGGCGUUCAGUCGCCGGUUCCGCUAGGCCCUCGAAAGCAAAGUCCGGCAGGGCGCUGCAGGACAGGGCAGGACCAAGGCGUCCAGGAUGCACCCCGCGUCCGCGCACGCGUAGCACGCGUAGCAGUGUACCGAAUCGUCCCGAGUCCUCCAGGACGCGGCACACCGGGCAGCAUGGUGUCCCAGACGGGGUGCCUGGGGCUGAGCCUGCGCGCCACGGCCAAGGCGGCCGGCGUCAUCACACUGCUGGAGGCGAUCGUGUGGGUAGUCCUGUCAGGGUGGUACAACUUGGUGUACCAGUGCGUGAUCCCCGUAGUCGACAAGGAUACCGACCUCGGCCUGCGGCUCACCUACAUCAUCUACGGUUUCAACCCGGCCUGCCACGCUGAUAGGACGGACCUCAUCCCCAGCGACCAGUCCGCCCCCCUGGGCGUGAGUGGCAGCCCCGCCACGGCGCAGCGCACCCACCUGCUGUCCGUCGUCUACCUGGCCGUCAGCGUGCUGUGGGUGGUGGCGGCGCUGCUGUUCCUGGUCGGCGUGUGCGGCUGCACGCUGACCCGCCGCGCCGGCGCGCGCAUGUGCUACCCCUGGGUCGCCGUCACGGCCGUCGUCAUGGUGCUCGACCUGGUCGCCACGGGGUACUACGCCUCCGACGCAUCCUCCUUUGUCGACCUGGCCGCCGUCAACAAGGCGACGGAUGCCGUGACCAUCCCCGAGGACUGGUUCGGCAAGGCCGCCGACACCGCCAUCCUGCUGAAGGCCGCCCCGUUGAUGCUGCUGGCCAUCGCCGUGCGGGGCGUCGUGCUGUGGCUCCUCAACGGCGUGCUGCUCGUGCACGUCGUGCGCUCCAUCAAGGCCAUGAUGCACGAGGACUCGCCGAUCAGACAGCAGCGAAGGUUCCAGGACAACCCGGCCAAGCGCUCCCCAAGUCCAGGGCCCCCACCGGCGCAGGCCCCACAGGGCGUGCCGGAAGCCGCCACCGCCCCGCAGACCCCGCAGAACCCGCAGUCGCCGAAGUCCCCGCGCGACGGGCAUCUGAUCGUGGUGCCGCCGACAACCGCCCCCGCGGACUCCGAACACGCCGCCGUCGCGAAGCCGCAGCCGUCGGCGCCCCCCAGCGCCCCCCACACCGUGACCCACACGACGGCGCACGGCCACGAGCUGGUGGGCGUGGUGCCGCUGCCCGGCAUGGACGCCAUGGCGCAGGCCGCGCAGGCCCGCGCCGGCAGCGGGAGUCCGCCGCAACGCAGAGACCCCGGUCAGCUGGAGGCGCGGUCGAGCAGCCAGUCCCUGCUCGCGCAGGCCGUCGCCAAGUCCCCCGCGCACGCCCACGAGCAGGCGGGCGCGCAGAACCGCGCCAGCAGCGUCAGUCCGCCGCCACCCCGAGACCCCCGUCGGCUCGAGGCUCGGUCGAGCAGCCAGUCCCUGCUCGCGCACGCCGUCGCCAAGUCCCCCGCGCACGAGCUGGCUGGGGCUCAGGCCCUCGCCGGCAGCGCCAGCCAGUCGCCGCCCCGGGACUCCCGUCGGCCAGCAGCGCCACCGGUGCGGUCCGGCAGCCAGUCCCCGCUCGCACACACCGCCACUGCGGGGUGGCAGCCCGAGUGGCCCGAAAGGGCGGAGAGACCCGUGGAGAGGCCUUUAGAGAGGCCUUUAGAGAGGCCCCUGGAGAGGCCCCUGGAGAGGCCCGAGAGGGUGGAGCGUCGUCUGGAGCGCCAGGACAGCCGCCCCGCCACCAAGGACGAGAUCGUGGGCCGCCUCGAGAGGAUGUCCCAGAUCCGCACGUCGGGCCGCAGGGCCGAGAUGAAGCCCGAGUUCGCCGCCGAGGCCAAGGUGGUCCAGCUGCGGAGGCACGGCUCCAACGUGGCGGAGACCGGGCAUGACGGGUCGCGACGGUUGGAGCUGGCCCCGAACAGGAAGUAUCACGACGAGGAUAUCUUCCCUGACGACGAUGUCUUCGGCCGACCCUACAGGGAGCCCCCGAGGCACCUGCCCCGGAUGAACUCAGCCGAGUUCCCGCCACACUCGCGGCAGGGCUACGACCACGGCUACGACCAUGGCUACGACCACGGCUAUGACCACGGAUACGAGCCGGACGACGCGCGGCAGCAGAACAGGCGCAGGGUGGAUCGCACGCAGAGCCACCGAGUGAUCGGCAGCGAGCGGGUGGGGCAGCCGCCAUACGCCCUCGCCCGCCAGGGGUCCCGGGCUGCCGACCUGCAGGAGCUCAAGAAGGACCUGCCGUGGUCGUACCUGACAGGGAAACCCGCGUCCUAAUGGAGACGAACGGACGAAGAAUGUUGAGCUGCGAGGAGACAAGGACGACCCACCAGCGAUCUCAACUGUACCUACGUGAUAACAGACUGAAGUGACCUGCAAUUCUUGUUAUCAUUUUUAUGUUGUGAUGAUUCUGGAAUUCCUCUGGAACCAAGGAAGUUUUGACGAAAUGUGGACAUUCUGUACAUAUACGGGGGGAAUAAAAAUUUUACUGCAUUCCAA